AUGGCCGUCUUUCAGCAACCUCCCUCCGCCACGCUCCCGCCUCCUUCGACCACGCACUACACCACUCACCACUUCAUGCCUCAGGCUGCCAUUUCGUGCGCGCUGACGCUCAUUAGUAGCUCCACUACGCCUACUGGGGAGGGAGAGGGGCGCCGAAAAUGGCCUCCUUCAGCCCCAUGCCAGCUGCACUCUGGCCAUCUCCCAGCCGCCAUGGCUAUAAAUAUCCCCUUCCCACCCAUUCUCCGUCCAACACUGUCCUCAUUUCGACUCAAACACCACUCCAAAAAUCUCCCUCUGAUCUUCCGUCGUGCUUUCUUCUAUUCAGUCGUGUCGUGCGUUGACACAUCUCGAGCUCCGAGGUAG